AUGCGGCGCCGAACUUUGGAACUAUUCAUCGGAAGGAAAGUAAGAGAAUGCCAAAUGCUAAAAUCACAGUGGUAUGAAGAACAUAUGUACUCAGAAGAAUACUACGAUUGCCCAAAAACAACCCUUGCCCCUGUACCCAAAUUCAUUCUGCAUCCCAUUCUUAGAGUUGGUGAGAAAGAUUGUUAUGGGCGCCCUUCGCAGAAGAAUAAUCAUCGCAUAUUUGAAACGAUGCUUCGAGACUUCUUCACACGCACCGGUUUUUACAACCAUACAGUCCAUCUCUUCGCCUUGAAAUGCUUUUACUCAGGAGGUAUAACCUCUAGUCUAUCUAUACUUCUGUAUUAA